AUGGCAACGGAUGAUUUUAAUGAUUUCAUUGAGUCAUGUGGGUUAACGGAAAUGAAGUCAAUGGGGGCCAAGUUUUCUUGGUGUAAUGGGCAGCGAGGUUUGGCUAGAAGUUGGUCGAAACUGGACAGAUGUCUCCUAAAUCCUCUGGCUGUGGAAUUAUUACUGGAUGCUUUGUAUAACUGUCUGCCUCAUUCGACGUCGGAUCAUGCUCCUAUGCUCCUUGUUUUAAAGUCUCAGGCCAGCUUUUCUGAAGAGCUUGAGUCAGAAUUACUAAUUGCCAAGGAAGAGCUUGCAGUGUGGCUUCUCAGAGAGGAGACUCGGUUAUCUCAACAGGCCAAAAUUAGGUGGAUGGAGAAAGGAAAGGCCUCUGCCCAAUUUUUUAAAACUUUUGCUUCUGUUAAUAAGCCGAUGGUGAAGGAAAUGCGUCUUCGUGAUGGUUCUUGUUUAUCAACCCCGAAGGCUAUUCAUGUUGGGGCUGUGGAAUUCCUGAGUGAUUUUUUGAAGGCAAGACCAAGGAGGGCUACCCCGGAUUUAUCUUUGUUUGUGCAGAAUGUCGUUACAGAAGAGGAAAACAAUACUCUUCUUCAACUCCCUUCAAUCCAAGAGGUUAAAGAGGCUAUGUUUUCUAUUCUAGCGGAUAGUAGUCCAGGCCUAGAUGGGUUUUGGUCUGGAUUCUAUUGUUCGUGUUGGGAUAUUGUGGAGGCUGAUGUGGUGGUCGCAGUUCGAAAGUUCUUAAGUGGUGCCACUCUACCCAGAUUUUACUCGGCAUCUUACAUUGUGCUCCUUCCAAAGGUGCCAAACCUUACUGGGUUUGACAAAUUUAGACCCAUCAGCCUGUGUUCUGUGGUCUACAAGGGUGCCCCUCUUAUAUCAUAUUUAUUGUAUGCUGAUGACAUUAUUGUGUUUGCUAAUGGUGGGAAGUCCUCGCUUCGUGCUAUCUGGGAUGCCUUUGCUCAGUAUGAAGAUUGGUCGGGUCAGGUGGUGAGUAAAGAGAAGUCUUCUAUUUUCUUUCCUAAACUGUUUACGAGUGCUCAAAAAAGGAGUGCCUUGAGAAUUUCAUCCUUCUCAGAGGGCUCCUUUCCUGUGAAAUAUUUAGGCGCGCCACUGGUUUCAGGAAGGAUGAAAGUAAUACAUUUUGAUGGGCUAAUACACCGGAUCCGGAGCCAACUUAAAGGUUGGCAAACGAAGUUCCUAUCGUCUGGUGCUCACCUCCUGCUGUUGAGGCAUAUUGUGGCAAGUGUACCGAUACACCUCCUUUCUGUACUGUAUGCGCCUAAGGCUGUGGUGGCAAGUCUUAAUCGGCUCAUGAAUGUGGAGGUGUCGCUCUUCAUGAAGUUUGCUUGGAAGCUUUUAACUCAAAAUUCCAUUUGGGUUAAUUUCUUUAAGGCAAAAUAUGUCAAAGAGAGACAUAUCUCUUUGAUUGAGGCUAGUAAGGGCUCUUUAUUAUGGAAGCGAAUAAUAGCGGUGUUACCUAAGGUUUUGAGUAACGCCAAGUGGAAGGUAAGGGAUGGUCAUGUCUCUAUUUGGAGGGAUAACUGGUUGUCAUCAGGUGCUAUUAUAGACUCUUGUGAGAUCUUAGAGCUUCCUCUUCUCACAAUAAAGGAGUGUCGUAUUCAUAAUGGGUGGGAUGUGGACCUUCUCAAAAGACUGGUGGGGGAGUCCAAACUUGAGGAAAUCUUGACAUCUUUAGGUGAGCAGAAAGAUGGAGCAGAUAUUCUGAUUUGGAAGCCGAGUUUGGAUGGAAAUUUUUGCUCGAAGUUGGCCUGGGAAUGUAUUCGUUUUAGGGCCCCAAAAUCAAAAUGGGCUCGUUGGAUUUGGCAUUCUGCGCUACCAAAGAAGUAUUCAGUUAUAAUGUGGAAGGCUUUGAAUUUUUGCCUAAGUGUGGAUGCGCGUAUUGAAAAGCUUCGCAUUCCAGUGGUUUCUAAAUGUGAAUGUUGUGUACGGGGUUGUCUGGAAGAUCAGGAUCAUGUCCUGGCCACAGGUACCUUAGCAACGGAAAUUUGGCACAGGGCGUUGUUGAGUUUGGGGAUGCCUUUUGAUCCAUCCAGGCCUUGA